GCCUCUGGAUUUCCCUGGCCUUCUCAUGUCACCAACAGACAUAUUGGGUGUACGGAGAAUUGAGGGAUCACGUGGGACGGCUAGGUAAUCGGAUUAUAACGACUUUAAAGCUCGUUUAUAAAUUAUAAAAUCAUUUGCAGUCAUAGCCACGGGCAAACCUCAUGUUCAAGCAGAUGAUAUAUGAUAUUCUCCACCUGUUUACAACUGUUACACCAACCCUGAAAUGCUACAUGUAAUUUAAUGAGGAUUAUGUAGUCUACGCGGAUGACACGUCUUGUCUCCGUGAUAAGGUCGUCUGUGGAAUUCCUACCUGAUGUAUACGCCCCCUAGAUAAGACACUCGUUGUAAAUGUGUGUCUAUCAUUCCGCUCCGACAGCAGGGUCGGACACUUUCCUCGUUCAUCUGGUGCUCUGGUUUGUCACAGUCUAACUUUUCGUCGUGUACAGAGAUGGAUAGCGUGCGAUGGAUGGUUUUUGUCACCACUCUAUUAGCCUCUUGCAAUGUCUGUGAAGGGGGUUACAAACAGUGGACAGCAAACACAAACUUUGCCAGUGACAAAAAUUGGGACACUGGACACGCGCCGUGCGGUCCUGUGUCUGUGAGAAUACCGGAACUGGCACCCCAGAUUUAUGUUCAACUUGAUACAACUAUUAAGGAGUUGAUCCUUCCAAACCACGUCGAGUUGAUCCUUGGUGAUGGUUUAAAUCUGGUUUUUAGUGAACAAACGCCGACAAAUUGCCAAAACCCAUCAACUGGAGAUGUAAACUUCAUAGCGACAUCCCCAGAGCCAUGGUUCAAUCCGGAUAACUGGUGUCCCAAAGAUUCGUUGGGAGGCGAAUGUAGCGGCACUGCUCUUCUAGACACAGAACAAGUCCCGUGUAAAUCCGAUGACGUCAUAUUUCCCGACACGAGCUCGUAUUACGUCAAUCUUGACAGUGGUUAUGACAUCACCGUUGGAAGCCUACAAAUGUCUGGUUCGAGUUACACCACUCAAUCUUUCAAAAGUUUUCUGGCCACUGACAUCGGCACACGAACUUUCCCCCCGCCCUCAGGCAAGGCUCAAUCCUCCCUCACAGUUCUUGGCACAGCGCAGAAGUGUAAUGAUGUCACAGGCUGCGCAUGCGGCAACGAUGAUAAAAAGAUCAGUGACAAGAUUUGUGGGUAUAAAUCGUCAAGUUGUGCUCGGCCCUUCUGUGAGAAACCCUUGCGUCCGGUCGGAUCAUGCUGCGAUAUAUGUGGCGCCAUUUUGGAGAUGUCGUACGGCACGGGAUUCAGAUUUACAUUCUUGCGGGAUUCGAUGAAGUCCAGCUUUAUUACUGGAAAGCCCAAUGGUGAGAGCGUAAGUUACAUCAUGUCAAAGCGAGGAGAUGAUAAAAUACAGAUGGUUCUCAGCGACACGGCUGGAAACAACAGUUUACCGUUCGCCAAUGCAAUUAAAAAGGCUAUCGAUGACGACAUAUCCAACGGUGGCGUGAAGUAUGGUAUAACCAGUAUCAGUCUGCAGGUGUCACACGGUGCCUUCAAACCUCCACAAGCGCAUACAGGAAGUCCCCUGGAAGGAGGACAGAUAGCAGGCAUUGUCAUCGGGCUCCUUGUUGUCGUCGCCAUCGUCCUCGUCAUUGCUUUCUUUGUCUAUCGCCGGAGAACAAGCUCGCUGGCGUUUGGGGGUGUGAAUGGUUUCGACGUCUCAGCUAUAACAAAGCUGCCAUCCACUAUUAGAGAUAAGGUCAGGAAGUUUCGCCAGGCUCGGUCUGAUGUUGUCCCUUCCAUGCGAUUCAGCGAUAUAUCCUCUGAGCAUGUGCAGGGGAUAGAUAACCCAAUGUACGGUACCGGGCAGGUUGGCACGGUGGUGGAGAUGCCUCGGAUCCAGUCCUAUGAUGAAACGGACCAACCCAGUGUGCCGUCAGGAGAUAAGGGCUUUGACAACCCUCUCUAUGACUCAGUCCAAGAGUCCGCAUUUUUCGCCGAUCCAUCUAUUCACAUUAACCCAACGUUCUCGACCGAGGGCCUGGAUCAGGACAACAUGUAAGAGUCAGCCGGCAGUGAGAUGUGGACAUCCAAGGAGCGGCAGGCUAUACUUAAAAUAUAUGGCGUUUGCGGAAAAAAAUACACAAGUAGAGCUUUCUGUAUCUGUGAUAUUAUAUUAUGAUAUUGUUCACUGGACGUACACACUGUUAGGAUUUAAAAUUUAGAUAAAAUUGAAUUAAAUUUUGGAAAUCUUGUAUUUAGGUAGAAACAUACUCCAUUAGCAUAUGGAAAGGUAUGGUUUAUACACACAUUAUCUAACAAAUAAAUUUGGGAAUAUUUGUAAUGAGGAUGAUCAAAACCAGACAUUCACGUCAUGUGAGACAAUGAGAAUGAUCAAAAAACUAGACAUUCACUUUAACUGUAAAACAAUGGCACAGGUUGCUUAUUAUGGGUUAUGUUUAUGGGAAAUGAAAGCCUUUGGGCAUGCUUUAAAAAAUCGGUACGAUGGGGGACAUAAUGCUCGUGGCGGAGACUGGAAAUUAAGCUUAAUUUUAAGUGUUGUAUACCCUUCACAAUGUGUUGCUUGUAUUUCCCUCUUGUAUUUCAAAAUUUAAUAAACCAUUGC